AUGUAUGAGUGGGUGUGUAAGGAAGUAUUUGAAAAAAUAUAUGCAGGAAGGGUGAUGAUGGAGAAGGAGAUUAAGAAGAUUAUGGAACAGGAGACUGCACGAGUGAAGUGCCUGAGUUUCCACCCCAGCAAGCCUGUGCUUGUUUCUGGACAUCACAGUGGAUCUCUGAAGGCCUGGGACUAUCAAAUGAAUGUCUGCAUUUAUGAGUUUCUUGACCACGAUGGGUCUGUGCGUGCGGUUCAAUUCCAUCCGCAUGGAGACCUGUUUGUGAGUGGAGGCGACGACAAGGUGAUUAGGAUAUGGAACUAUACUGAGCGGAGAAUAACGAACCGGCUGCAUGGGCACGAUGACUUUGUAAGGUCUUUGGACUUCCACCCGACAAAGCCGUGGAUAUUGAGUGCCUCUGAUGACCAGACAAUAAUGGUAUGGAACAUGAUGACGGGAAAGCUUUUAGCGACGGCUCGAGGGCACAGCCACUAUGUGAUGAGUGCAAGGUUUCUUGGAGAGGACAUGAUUGUGAGCGGGUCGCUUGACCAAUCGAUCCGUGUCUGGGACUGCAAGGGAUUGAAGGAGGGAGGCAAGAAGAAGAGCACGCUGUUGCCGGAUAUUGUAGUGAAGCAGAUAGUAGAUGGGCAUGAGCGAGGAGUGAAUGCAAUAGCGAUUGGAGAAGGAAUGUUUGUGAGUGGAGGAGAUGACCGGGACAUCAAGUGCUGGGAGUGGUCUGAGACGUCUGUGUGGGAGAAGGAGACGAUGUGUUUCCAUCAGGGGCCAGUGACAGGGUUGUUGUGCAGUGAAAGCGUUGUUUUGAGCACGGGGGAGGAUGGGCUGUUUUCUGUAUUUGAUGUAGAAAGAAGGAAGUCGGUUGAGUACCGGGUUGAUGGACGGUAUUGGUGUGUAGCAUCGAAAGGGGAUGUGUAUGCAGCAGGGCAUGACUCUGGGCUUGAGGUAUAUAUGUGCAGUGAGCCAAAGGCCGUAUGCAAAGGGGAAGCAGGAGUGUACUAUGUAAAGGAGUGGAAGGUGUAUCUGAAUGACUUUAAGGCCGAGAAGGUUGUUUACAAGACGAAAGAGAAAGUUGAGAGCAUGUUUGUAUCUGGGGAGUAUUUGCUUGUACGGUAUGCAGAAGGAUUUGAGGUUGUAAAGAAUGGGGAGGUAGUUUUGUCCGAGUCUGGCGAAGCAGUUUUUGUGGAGCCUGAGAAUGGCCAUGCAAUAUUGGUUGUGAAGAACGGAGAUGGAGUUUAUGAGAUGAAGGUUGAGGGAGGAGAUAAGAGGGCGAUUUCAACGGCGGAAGGAAAGCUGUUUGGAGGGAGUAACGGAAGGUUCUUUAUGGUUAACGAGAGGAAUGUGGGCAUGUACACAACAGAUGGGGCUGUGAAGAGCAUCGGGGUUCCAUUUAAGCCAGUGAAUGUGGUUUGCUCAAAAGACCGAGUGGCGCUUAUUGGGACAAACGAUGUAUGUGUGUGUGAGGCGAUGCUUGAGGCAGUGAAUGCAGUGAAUGAGAUGGCAACUAUUCAAGGAGGGUUUUUCCAUGGGGAAGUGUUUGUGUACUCGACGCUGAGGCAUCUGAAGUAUGUUUUUGAGGACAAAGGGGUGCUGAAAAGUGUUGAGAAGUGUAUUUUGCCGUUUUCAUUGGAGGAAGGAAGCAUGUUGUAUUUUGUUACUGACGGAGGAAUUGAGUGCAUGGAGGUUGACCUGACGGAGAUUGAGUUUAAGAAUGCGGUGCGGCAAGGGGACGAUGUGGUAGGGAUGAUUGAGGGGGGGGUGCUUCCGGGAAUGGCGCCUCUAUCGUAUCUUGUCGGACAGAAGAAAGGUGCAGUUGCACUGCCGUACAUCAAGGACGGAAGACAGCGAUUUGAGCUGUGUCUUAGCGAAGGGAUGCUGGAUGAAUGCCUGAGCUAUUGCAUAGAGAGUGGGGACAUGGGAGUAUACAGGAGGUUGGCAGAAGUGGCGGUGCGUAAGUGCAGAGUAGAUAUUGCAGAGAAGUGCUAUGAGAGCCUGAAGGAGUGGAAUAUGCUGUUUAUGCUGUAUGUGUGUUCGAAGGAAGCUGAGAAGAUCAGGAAGCUUGCAGAGAAGGCGGAUGAAAGCACACGCGGGAUGGCAAGGAUGUAUAUGGAAGAUCUAGAGUAUUUUGAGGAGGCAGGAGUGAUAGGCAAGCGGAGGAGUGAUGGAUGCAGAGACGAUAGAAUGGUGGCUAUGAAGGAUAGGGCAAAGGAUGAGGAUGUGCGGAGUUACGUGGAGAGAUUGAGCGGAAAUGAAGAAAUAGAGGCUGUGGAUGAGGAUGGAAUGAAGGAUGAGCAGAUAUUGGAAGAAUUGAAUGAGUUUAUGGAUGAAAACGAAAGCACAAGUGAGGAUAGCGAUGUAUGUGCAGAAUUAGAGAAGCUUGAGGUGUGCAGCGAGAUUUUUGAUGAGUCAGUGCUUAGCAUGCACGAGAUGAAUGAGGAUGAGAAGAGCAUUGAUGAGAUGAUGGAGAAUGGAUUUGAAUUGACGACGGCAGGGAAGUUUAGUAAAGCAAUUGAAACAUUCCGGCUAUGCAUUGCAAGGAUGGCAUCUGAGAUGGCGAGAAGAGAAGAGAAGGAUGUGUACUGUGAGGAGAGGCGAGUGGCUGGCGCAUAUAUAUCUGGUCUUAUUGUUGAAAAGGCAAGGAGAAAGAUGGAGGAUCCACUGGAAAGUAUUGUGAUGGCAAUGUAUGUGGCUUCGCUGCCGCUGAGGAGGGAGCAUCAUAAUCUGGCAGCGUCUACGGCGAUUGCGGUAUUGAGGAAGAAUGGGAACUUUGGGCAGGCCAAGGAGAUUGCUCUGUUGCUAGGAGCAGAUGGAGAGAGCAGUAAGAUUGUGAAGAAGGCGAUUGAGGAUAAUAAUGUGAGUAAUGAGUAUGAGAUUCCAGCAGGAACGUUUUGUCAUGAUGUUCUUGGGAUGAGGAAGAAUAGCAAGCAAUGCAGGAUGUGUUUUGUUGAUAGCUCCGAAGAAGGAUUGUGUAGCAGUUGCGAGAUUGGAGUGGUUGAGUGA